CAAAAUAAGAGUGAAGAAGAAGAAAAAAAAGUGAAAAAUGAAGGAAUUUUACUCGCAUAAUUUAUUAUCGUGAAAUAAUGGGUGCUAAGGACUCAAAACCAUCCUGCAUUAGCUAUGAGGAUGCAAUAAAGCGCGUUUCGGAUACUGAGCUAAAACGAAUAAAGGAAGCAUUUAAACGAUCAGCUGGCACGGGGAACACCUGCCUCAGCAAAAGUGCCUUCAUCCAGGAUGUUCUCUGCGAAGGUGUGCCCCUCCCCAUUGCCGAAUGCCUCUACGCUGCCUGCGGAGGUACACAGAAGGGUAUCUCUUUCAAGGAUUUAAUCUGUGGGCUGGUGCUACUGGCAAAGGGGAGUCAAGAGGAGAAGAUACGAUUCCUCUUUAAUCUCUACUGCAACGAAUCGGGUACACACAUCAUUAAGCAUGAUUUUAUCAGGGCACUCCAGACUGAACUCCCGCAGCAGACGGUGAUCAAUAACAACAACUGGGUGUCCCUCUUCGGGCAGACUGAUCGCGUGACAUUCGAGCAAUUUAAAUCAUGGAUUACAAUUCACAGGCAGGGAACUGUCCUCGGCAGGUGGCUCCUUGUGGAGCCAGUAGUGAAUUUGAGCUCCGAAUUGGAGACCCCGACGUUCUUUCAGAGCCUCGCUGGGGUGACGCAUCUCGAGGAACAGGAUAUUCGGGAGUUGGAGAAGGUUUUCUGGCGUCUCAAGGGGUCUGCUGUCACGGGACAGCUGGAUCUUGAGAGUGUGAGCCCCCUGCUUAGUCCACCAGUGCCACGGAAUGCCCUUGCGGGGGUUUUCAAUGCCUUCGAUGAGAAUCGUGAUGGACAUAUUGACUUUAAGGAGCUCUGCUGUGGCGUUAGUGCCGCCUGCCGUGGACCCAGUGUCGAAAGGAGCAAAUUCUGCUUCAAAGUCUUCGACACAGAUCGCGAUGGGGUUCUGAGUCACGAGGAGUUGCGUCAAAUGGUGGAAGUUUUGCUCUUUGUCGCCCAGGAGAGUAACAAUUUUGCCUUCUUCCGCAACAUGACGCACGAUGCGGUGAUGAAGGAACUCGCAGAGAGGGCCGAGAAGAAGGCCAGCGAAGGUGGAAGCAUUCACAGGGAUGAUGCCUUUGUCUUCACGCAGGAAGACUUCCUCAUGUGGAGCAUCGAGAGCUCCCUGAAUUUAGUGGCGCAAUUCCUGGAGCUUCUCUUUGAGGUGUGUCACGUGGUCUUUGGGCUACGGCCGCAGUGUCGGCACAUGGAGUAUGACAUCGUGAAGGGAUGGCUAUCGCGUGAAGUGAAACGCGGCUACCGUGUUGGGCAAUUCUGGUAUCUCAUCUCGUCGGAAUGGUGGCAGAAUUGGUUGCAACACACCCAGAAUGUGCCCCCGUCGUCGUGUUCCCACUGCAAAGUGAGCCGCAAUGGGAGUUCCGGUGCCACUGCCACGGGUUUCGAUGAGGCCGUUGUGUGCGAUGAGAGCUUCACGUCCAAUUCCACGGAAUCCAUGGGAGAUCUCCUCACUGCUGGCGAUUCAACGAGCCUGGGUUCGUGUAGCAGUGGAAUCUCCUACGGGCGCACCGUCUCCGUGGCACCAGGACCAAUUGACAAUCGUUCCCUCAUUGCACCGACAAUCUACAAGAAUGUCCCAACGCUCACAGGCGAAGGGGGACGUUUGAAGAGGGACUCAACGUUGGCACAGCAUCGGGAUUUUGAGCUGGUGCCCGAUUCGCUGUGGAAGGCGCUGGCAUUGUGGUAUCAGGGCCCCCUUCCGUUGCCACGGCAAGUGAUUCAACCGCCGGGGAAUCCGGAAGUGGAGGUGGAGCUGUAUCCGCUCAAUUUGCGUAUCCUUCGGCAUCACUACCCGCAGAAUCAGACCGCGUCUCAGCAGCAGCAACAGAACACUUUGGGCUCCAAUGCAUGGGGUAUUGUAUCCGGUGGCUAUGGGGUACUCAAUACACCGAGUGGCAUUACGGGGAAUGUCACAGCGUCGUCAUUGGCAUCGAGUCUGCAGCCGCCGAAGAAGUAUUUGGCCUAUAUGGCGGCAUUUAGUAAAUUGGCCACUGUCAAGCAGGUGUGUGAGUUCCUCUGUCAACGGUUGAAGCUGCGUCAGGAGGAUGUACGACUGUGGCAUGUACUGGGCGGUAGUCAAUCGGGGAAUUCAAUGGCUGAGAUGCCGUACCUGCUGGAGGAGGAUAAGGCAACGCUGCAGGAGCUCAUGAUAAAUGAUAAUGACCAAUUGUUGCUUGAGUGUCGGAAUAAGGAUCUCACGUGGCCAGAAGAAUUGAGUGCGCUGAGUAUUUCGGGAGCAAAUCCCGUUGCCGUAGGGCAGGAGAGACGCUCGACUGUUGCCUCAAUACAUUCGGUGCAUCCCGCGGGGGCGACUGGGCUUCACAAUCUCGGCAAUACGUGCUUUAUGAAUGCCGCACUGCAAGUUAUGUUCAAUACACAGCCCCUUGCGAGGUAUUUCCAGCAGGAUAUGCACCUCUAUGAGCUGAAUACGAGCAAUAAACUCGGCACAAAGGGACAAUUGGCUAUGAGAUACUCGGAGCUCUUGAAGGAAGUUUGGACAGCUUCAGCGAGGUCCAUUGCACCGCUUAAAUUGCGCUUUUGCGUCACGAAGAAUGCUCCACAAUUUGCCGGUGGGGGUCAACAUGAUUCACAGGAGUUUCUCGAAUGGCUUCUCGAUGCCCUGCAUGAGGAUCUCAAUCGUGUAAUGGAGAAAUCCUAUUCGGAGCUUAAGGAUUCCGACGGGAGGGCAGAUUGUGUUGUAGCAGCGGAAGCUUGGUCGCAGCACAAUGCCCGGAAUCAGAGUAUAGUCAUUGAUCUCUUCUACGGUCAGCUGAAGUCAAAGGUAACCUGCCUUGGCUGUGGGAAGGAUUCCGUACGCUUUGACCCCUUCAGUCUACUGAGCCUUCCACUUCCCGUGGAAAACUACACCUACUGUGAAGUUCUAGUGAUUUUCCUCGAUGGAUCUGUGCCAAUAAAAUACGGAUUGCGCUUAAAUUCCGAUGCCAAAUACAUGGAAUUGAAGAUGGAGCUAUCGCAUGUUUGCAAUCUCGAUCCGGAUUUGAUGCUUUGCUGUGAAAUUCUUGAAUCGCAAGUUCGGACAAUUCUUCAGGAUGAUCAAAAGGUUAAAGCGUCAACGGCUACGGAGCUGUAUGUGUAUGAAUUACCAAAGAUGGGUGGGAAUGAGCGAUCCCUGUGCAAUUCGGAAAUUGGUUUGAGCAUCGAGAAGGGUCUUAAGGACAUCCAGAGGCAUCAAGGCUUACUCGCUUCAGCUGAUAACUAUCAAUCAACAAUUUCAUCAACUGUGUCAUCGAUAACAACAUCCUCCGAGGAUACAGCUUCAGGGCAACCCCUUACUGGUGGUUCAACAGCCUCCGGGGAUAAUGCACACGACGAGGGUACAUCGACGCAACCACAAGCAACUGCAGUGAGGAAGAAAUCUGCGGAAAUUGAGAGGAAAUCAUCGAAGGUAAGCCGGUGCUUAGGAAACACCCUCUGCAUGCCACAGACUCUGUUAUGCUUCAAGCAAAUGGAUAUGGGAACAAGCCCAGACAAUGCAUUCGUGCCGCCAAAUUAUGGACCAAAUAAGACAAUUUCAACAACAAACUUACUGACGUCAGACAGGAAUAGCAGCGGAGGUGGUGAUCACGUGACGGGAGCAAUGAAGGAUAAUGAUUCAGAUGCAAGUGAUGGGUGUGAUCGGUGUGCGAGUGCAGGAGGAGGAGGAGGAGGUUCUUUUGAUGGGCCACCACAGGGCGGCUUUCCACCAAAUGGUCUUCGUCGGAUGACACGGCAGAAAGCAUCGCGGUACUUGAUAGCUGUUCACCGUCAACUGAGUCGUCAGGAUACGUAUUUUCUGUCGUAUCAUAAGACAAAACCACACCUCUUCGGGACACCGCUACUCAUUCCCUGCCACGAAGGGAGCACAAAUAAGGAUCUCUACUGUGCUGUGUGGCUCCAAGUGGCACGACUCCUUAGUCCAUUGCCUCCAACGCCACCCGAUCGGGCGAAUCAUGCAACAGAUUGCGACGACAGCCUUGGGUAUGAAUUCCCAUUCACAUUGAGAGCCGUUGCAAGUGGUGGGAGGAUAUGUGCGCUGUGUCCGUGGUUCCGUUUCUGCCGUGGCUGUGAGAUCCCGUGCAAUAAUGAUAGCCUCGUGAGUGGCUUGAUGGCAACGCAGAGCAUUCAAAUGUCCAGCACGGCAUCCACGCCAAUAAUGUCGCAUCGGGAUCAAGCUGCAUCAAUACACCGAAGGACACAAAGUGAAAUUGGCAUGUGCGGUGAUCAGGCAUUGUCGAUUGAUCUGAGUUGCAUCAGUAUAGCCAUUGAUUGGGACCCCACGGCGCUGCAUUUGCGCUACCAGAGCACGCGGGAGAAGGUGUGGACAAUGCAUGAGAGUGUAACGGUGUGUAGGCGCCAGCAGACGGAACCAGUGGAUCUCAAUCACUGCCUGAGGGCAUUCACGAGUGAGGAGAAGCUGGAGCAGUGGUAUUACUGUAGUCACUGCAAAGGGAAACAACCGGCCACGAAGAAGCUGCAAAUUUGGAAGUUGCCUCCAAUUCUCAUUAUUCAUUUAAAGAGAUUCAAUUAUGUCAACAACAAAUGGGUAAAAUCGCAAAAAGUCGUAAAUUUCCCCUACGACGAAUUCGAUCCAACACCCUAUUUGGCCUCAGUGCCACAAGAAACCAUCCUGAGGCAUCGGGAAUUGUAUGCUGGUAGUGGGACACCGUGUGAGGAGAGAAUUGAUGAGAAUAGUGUUUUCUCGUCGUCUGGUGCUAAUAAAAUGGGUGCUGAGGGGAGAAUAUCGUGCAUUGAGAAUGGGAAUGAAGGUGGUGGUACGAUGUUGAGGCAGGAACGGCGGAAGCGCCUCAUUUCCGGGAGUUUAACAAAGACACCCGUAAAUGAUGAGGAUCUCGUGGAUUUUCACAAACACAAACUCAAAAGUGGCGUCGAUCCACUCGAUCUCAAGUAUCAGUUGUAUGCUGUUGUUUCACAUUCCGGAAUGCUCAAUGGUGGUCACUACAUUUCCUAUGCCGCAAAUCCCAAUGGAUCGUGGUUCUGCUACAACGAUAGCUCAUGCCGUGAGAUCCCGCAUCGACCACAAAUUGAUCCUGGUUCAGCGUAUUUGCUGUUCUAUGAGCGCAAAGAGCUCGACUACUCACCGUAUUUGCCCAAAGUUUCCGGACGCCCAAUUGCGAAUGGGGCCAUGGAUAUUGAUGAUGAAAGUGAAUUGAGGAAAAUGUGCACGAUCGCUUAGAGAAAAAAACAACAAAGAGGUAAAUAAAAUAUUAAAAAUUAUAUUAACAAAAACGAAAUUUUUUGAGGAAAAAAAAAAGCUACUAAAACUACCAAUUUUGACGAUGAUGUGCUAUCAUUAAAAUAAAAGAAAGAUCGCGUGUAAAUAAAUAAACAUUUACAUUUUAAGCGAACAUUUUUUGCGCAUUUCCUCUUUUUUUUUGUUCUCUUAAAAUCAUCUCCUCCUCUUUAUUUCUAAAUUUGUAUAUUCUUAUAAUUAUUAAUUAAUUAAUUAAUUAUUAUUCGUUAACACUUGUUGAGUUAUGAAUCAUUAUUAUUAUAAAUAAUUCGGAAGAAGAGAAAAAUAAAUGCUAAAGUCUUUUUUUUUGUUGUUGAGUAAUUUCUAGUGAACAUUUUCAUUUCAUAAAACAUAAAAAAUAAUCAUAUGAAAAAAUGUAUUUGUUAAAAGUAAUAAAUAAAAUCAAAGCAUUUUGUGAAAAAUAUUGCAUUCCUGAGAAGAAAAGCGCAUGGAAAUAAAGAAAAAUCGUGAUAAA